UCGUGGACUGGGAUUGGGGACCCCUGUUUUAAAUCCUCAAUGAACUGCUAGCAGCUCCUGAUUGUGUGAUUGGUGUUAUUUAAGAGCAACUUUGAGGAGGUGGAACAAACCAUUUGAAAUGCAGGGGGGGACUAUGGGGUCAAUAACUAACACCAAUGCAAAGAAACUCCAUUCUGCCCCAUGCUGUCACUGUCAUGGCACUGGAUCCGUGACCUAGUGUUCAUGUGUUUUGGGAUUUUUCUAACAUUCCUUUAUUUUGUGUCAUUCAUGGUUUUGGUUCUCGUAUUGUGUGGACUUGUGUUAUAUUUAUAGAUUCUAGGCUUUAGCUUUCUGUCACUGUGCUUUCGCUGUGUUGCACGUUUUUUCUUCGUCCUCGUCUCAGUAUUUGUCUUGCUCCCUGUUUUAUUUUGAUAGUCCUGCAUUAGUGCAUUCAGUUUGUUUCCUCCCUAUCUCGUUAUGUCAAAUUAGGUCCAGCUGUGUUUCCCUCCUGUUGCACAUUCCCUCAUUACAGCCUGCGUAUGUUUGUGUUAGGGUCCCUUUGUUCAUCAUCGUCGUCAGGUCGUCUGUUUGUCAUGCGUCAAGCUCAGAUGGUCCUGGUGCUAAAUAACAUGGGCAUAGCCACAGUGCUCAUACUGACCUGUAUGUGCGCCGUGCCACUGCAAGGUCAGAAGCCAGGUCAGGUGGACCCCCUGAAGGCCCAUCGGGGCAAUCCGCAAUGCUGGGAGGCGUCCUCGGCUCUGCUGCUGGAGAUGCGCUCUCCGAGGAUUGCUGACACAGUGCCUGCCUUCUGGGACCUCAUGGAGUCACUCAGGGCUUCAAACAACAGCAAACACACUGCACUGUUCUGGGACCUGGCCCAAGUCUUCUGGGACAUCUAUCUAAAUUGCAUUGUGUCCAGGAGUCAUGGGCUGGGCCGUCGACACAUAACUGCUGUCCAGUCCCUCAUUACUGACAAUGAUGGGGGAGACAACUGUGGUACAGACAACCAGAGCUUUGUUGUUGAGCAGGAGAAAACCACACAGGUAAUCGGAAGCUUCACAGUGGGGAUGCUGACUGUAAUAACAUCCACAGCGUCUGGAACCUGUUGGAUAGCAGCUCUGCUGUGUUGAAGUCUGUUUCACUGGGACUCUUCCUUCACACGAGGUGUCUUUUUCUACUUAAAGUUGUCAUACACCGACAGCACAGGGUGAAACUUAAAGGGAGAAAUGAACAUUAGAUUUCUACCCUGGAAAGAGCUGAGUAAGUGUCCUCUCACAGAGAACAGGUCACUAACAAUGAGGUGGUGGUGGUGCCAGCUGGGAUGGCAAGAAACCUGGGAAUCAUCCUGGGGGGAAGUGUCUUGGGUAGGGUUGCCAACUCCCUGAAAAAUAAAUAAGGGACACCUCAUGGCCAGGGCUGGGCGACCCGAUUGUCUUCACCUUUCCCAGUGUGGGGAAUUUUUUAGCUCUUGUUUUUGUGUGAAAUUAUUUUUUUAACCAUUUGACAAAGUGCAUCCCUUUUUCAGCUCAAUACUUUUGUUUCUAAAUACGGAACAAUCCCGUUUUUCAAGGGACGGUUGGCAACCCUAGUCUUAGGACAUAACAAUCGUUGCUAAUCCCGAUUAAUUUCUCCUUUAUAAAAAUCAACUGGAUUUAUCCUUUCCUAACCAUCUGGGCAUCUUUAUACCUUGUUGCAGCUCCUGCAUCUGACUGUAGCUGGGAUUCAACCUUUGCAAAGCUUUACACACCCAUUCCCUACUCGGUUCACUACAACGGCUCCCUGUGGCUGCCUGGUCUCUGCUUUCCUCUCUUUUUAGCUUUCUGGUCAGUCACAGGACCCCAUUAUCACUCUUCUCACUGCAGGCUUUUCUCUGUUGUUUCAUUUUAGCUGUUUAGUGAAGCGUCAAAUGUGGAGCCAAAGUGCCAUAGUUACUGCAUCUCUUGCACUGAAAGCUUUAAACCAAUGCUUUUUGACUUAAAUGUCUAUUUUUUUAAUGCAAUUGACUUUUGAUACAAGCAUCUACUGCCCCAUGAAUUUUGUAACAUGCUUAGCAUUUUUUCUGUCUUUUUUUCCCCCUUCCUUCAGAAUCCUUCAGAUUCAACCGCUCAGGAGCAAAGUCCCACGCGUGGCUCCAUGUGAGAGUGAGACGUAGAGGGCAAAUCAAGACCCUGAAGACAGAGCCAAAAUAAAACGCACAACUACUAGAAAAGAUUAAGGAUAAUUCAAAGUAGAUAGCUUUUUAUAAACAUUCUUUCCCAGAAGAAAAACUCGAUUUUUCUUAAAGUGACUUUUACUUAUAGGAUCUGGUUUAUGUAAACAUGAAUGGAGGUGAGACCUCGUUACUUUUAGGACACUGAGCUUUGUUAUCCAACACUUCAAAGCGAAAAAAAUUUGGCAACAUAAAAUUUUACCCCACAGCCUUUUAAUGACUACAGCUUGUUUUUAUCAAUCUCAAAUCAUGCCGCUAUGAUUAUGCAGUUUUAAUUUUUAAUUAUUAUUAAAAUUAUUAUUUUGAAUUAAGAUUUGAAUCUUGCCUGAUGUACUGUUCAUAUCAAGAGUUGUGAUUUUGUUAUAAUGUUUGGGCUGUCUUUUCAUCAGAAUAGUAGUGCCCGAUUGUUCAUUUUAGGCAGAAAUGCUUUUUCACUGCUGUGAGCUGUAAUUCCCUGAAUGUCAAAAUAAAUCAGUCAGCAAAUAAAACCUGGCUGUCAGACUCUAACUUCACAAGAAAUGCGAUUUGAUCUACAUUUAAGCAAAAUUUCCUCCAAACUCAAACUGCUCACUAAUUUGAUCUGAGGUUUUUCUGCCAGGUGAAAUGGAGGACAUGUAGAAUAAGCAGCUGGAACAUGGGAGUGAGAAUGUUUCUGCCAUUAGACAACUAGUUUGGGUUUGAAGAGAGCCACUGUUUUAGAGUUGUCUUAAGGACCAAGUAAACACAACUCAUCUGAAUCAUCGUAUGUCUGAGUCUUAUUAUGUGUAAUUGGAUUACUGGAGGCCUAAAUUGAGUAUGCCUGUAAAGUGCUUUGGGUGAGCUUCUGUAACAAAAAAUGGACUUCAAAACUACAUUUUUCCAGAGAAUUCAUUAGGAAAUGAACGAUGAAAGCAACACAGAUUUGUCUUUUAUGGGUAUAAAAGAAAUCCUGUUGGCAGACACAAGGCAGAGUUUGAUGUUUCAGUGAUCAUAAUAUUUUGAAAGU